AUGCUUUGGCUGGCGACGCCGCCCGGGCUCCACCCCGUCCUGCGGGCCUUCCUCCGCGGCCGCCCCGCCAGCUCCGGCGCCGACGCGGUGGAGCGGCUGACGGGGUUCCUCGCCCCGUACAAGGAGAUCGACCUCUCCUUCCUCGCGGCCCUGCAGCGGCUGCGCUUUACGGAGAAGAAGCUCCAGCUCUUCGAGGAGGGCUGCCUCUUCCGCGCCGUCCUGCCGGAGGGGCACGACCGCGUGCACGGGGAGUUCUGCCAUUGCGUGACCACCACCGGCCGGCUCUCCUCGCAGUCGCCGAACCUGCAGAACAUCCCGAAGGAGGAGGACCUCCGGCGGCUGAUUCGCUCCCGCUUCGGGGCCGCCGGCCGGAUGAUCGAGGCGGACUACCGCCAGCUCGAGGUGGUCGUGCUCGCGGCGCUCUGCCGGGACCCGCGGAUGAUGCAGGAGAUGCGGGACCAGGUCGACUUCCACUGCCUGCGGGUCUCGCUCAUGACGAAGGAGCCCUACGACGCCAUCGCGCACAAGGUGAAGGUCCUGAAGGACCCCCACUACAUCCAGCUCCGCCAGCAGGCCAAGGUCUUCUCCUUUCAGCGCCAGUACGGCGCCGGGGUCGCCACCAUCGCGUCGACGACGGGCCUGACGGAGCCGGAGGUGGAGCGCCUUAUCACCGCGGAGGAGCGCCACUACAAGGAGCUCGCGCGCUACUACAACGUCGUGAUGGACUGCGUCGAGGCCGGCGCCGAUCGCGUCAUGCGGCUCCGCGGCCUCGACGCGCCGGGCUGGAAUGCGAACCUCCGCCGGAUGGUCAUGCUCACCGAGCCGCUCUACUACUUUGUCGUCCCCACGGGCAGUAAAUUCGACUUCACCAGGGACCGCAAGAGCAUCCCGCGGCUCAAAAACUACCCCGUCCAGGGCCUCGCGGGCGAGAUCGUCCAAAUCAUGACCGGGGUCAUCCUCCGCAAGUUCUACGCGACGCGGAAUUACAACGAAAAGGCCUUUUUGGUCAACACCGUGCACGACUGCGUCUGGGUGGACGCCCAUGAGUCGGUGGUGGACCAGGUCAAGGAGGACUUGCAGACGGUGAUGGACAACACCCAGCAGGUAAUCGGCGACCUCUGGCCGGAAAUGAAUCUGGACGUCCCGUUCAGCGCCGAGGUCCACUCCGGGACUUCUCUAGGAGAACUGUAA